AUGAGGCGCGAAUGUCGAAAUUGGGGACAAACUAGGAGGCUGGGGCUUGGUAGGCGGCCCAACAGGACUCGGAGGCAUCAGGUGGGGGAGGAAGGAGUCGUUGAGCUGGAGGUAUUGUGCCUCGACGCGACGGAGGCCUUAGGGGAUGUACUGGCACUUGAUGUCACUUAG